AUGAUCGAAGAUAAAAUAACAGCAUUUCCUAAUGGAAAUUCAUUUGUUAGAUAUCAUCCAGCUAUUGAAAAGUUAGUGAUUGGAAAUAGUGAAGGCUUAAUUAAAAUUUUCAACAUUAAUGAACCCGAUUUAGAACCAGUAUCAAUUGACAUAAACGAAAACUUGACGUCUUUAUCAUUCCAUUCAAACUCGUUGUUAGUAACUAAUACAGCAGGUAAUCUUGAACUUAUUAACUUGAACGAAAAUGAAUCAAAAGGUACGAUUUACAGAUCAGAAUUGCCUUUAAGAGAUUCAGUUUUUAUCAACGAAGGAAAGAGACUUCUAUGCGGUGGAGAUGAUAAUAAAUUGGUCUUGAUAGAUAUGCUAAAUGACAAAUCGGUUUCUACGUUGCCUAUACCAGAUCAGUUGCUAAAUAUGGCGUAUAAUGUGACCGGAGAAAUAUUGUCAUUAAGUUUAUCGAAUGGGAAUAUUCAAAUUUAUUCAGUCAUCAACGAAGUUCCAAAUUUAACCGAAACUAUAACCAGCAUACUUCCAGUUAAGAUUAAUAGCUCAUUGGAUACAAUCGACUACAUUGGAGAGAACAAUGAUGAAUUGAUAUCUACUAAGACUCAAUGGUCAUCAAAUGGCGAGUCCUUGUUAAUACCCACUUCUUCCAAUUCGAUUAAGGUUUAUGAUAGAUCAAGCUGGACUGAUUUUGUUACAGAAUUUAAGUUAGAUCAUUCGGAUGUUCGCAUAGUUGAUUUUGAACUUAGUCCAAAUAAUAAACACCUUGCAGUUUGUUACACGGACUUAACAUUAAAGGUAUUUGAUUUUAAUUCCAAGAAGCUACUUAAGGAUGUCAAGCUCGAACUUCAAGAUGGGCACUACCCAACGAACUUGAUUUGGAGUGAAAUUCCAAGAUCAUCUAAUUAUAAUUUGUGCAUUGGUACUACUAAUGGAUGCAUUGUUACAUACAGUGAUUUGGUAGGUAAAGAUUCUGAAGCUAUUUCUGGAAACUUGUUUUUGGAUGAAGCGGAAGAAUCAGAUGCCAAUAAUACAGAUGACUUGUUCAACGAUUCUGAUGAUGAACAAGCACUUGCCAAACCAAAUGGCAUAUUGCACGAAGAAGACUCUUUGGUGAUUGAUCAAGAUGAUGAAGACGAAGACGAUAAUAAUGAAAUGCCAGAUUACUAUAAUAAAGAUGUUGAUUCAUAUUUAGAUGAAAGACGUUCCAAUAAGCGUUUCAAAUUGAAUGGGAGUAAAUAUAAAUCUCCUUCACCAUAUAUAUCUGAUCGUGCCUCUGAAAAUAAGGAAUUAGAGUUGCAACCGUAUUCACCGGGAUCUACGCCUUGGAGUCAGAGCCAAAACAAAUCAUUAUCAGACACAGAUAGAAGAUACUUAGCAAUGAACUCUAUUGGUUACAUUUGGUCAGUUAAAACUGCGUCAAAUCCAGAGAACUUAAAUCAGCAAAGUAUAACUAUUUCGUUUUUCGAUAGAUCCAUAAACAAAGACUAUCAUUUCAUAGAUUAUUAUCAGUAUGAUUUAUGUUCGAUGAAUGAAAGAGGUGUUUUAUUGGCAUGUUCUGGGUAUAAAGAUAAAACUGGUAAGUUAGGUGGGAAAGUAUUCUAUAGAUUCCAUGAUACAGUUCAGGAUUCAUGGGAAAGAAAUAUUCCUUUAUUGAAAGAUGAAUUCGUUACUUCAGUUAGUUUAACCAAUAAUUCAAGAAUUGAGAAUGACUAUAGUGAUGCCUUAAUUAUAAUUGGUACCAAUUUUGGCUAUGUUAGGUUUUUUAAUUUGCAUGGCCUUUGCAUCAACUUGAUAAAAACGCCUCCAGUAGUAACAUUAAUGGCUUCAUCCAGCUCAAUUAUAUUCAUGGUUAAUCAAAUCUCACCUAACGUAUACACAUAUUCUAUAAUUGAUGUCAAUCAAGAUUACAAAUUUAUCCAACAAGAUGUUUUAUUACCACUUAAAAAGUGUACAAAGCAUCCAAAACUUCCACUUAUAAAGGGGAUUUUUUUUAACGAAUAUAAUGAUCCUUGUUUGGUUCCAGGUAUAGACGACACGGUGCUCAUUUUAUCGACAUGGCGUGAAACUAAUAAUGCCAAGUGGAUUCCUAUUCUUAAUUGUAAAGAGGUUAUUACCGAAAAUGGAACCAGUGAAUCUAAGAAGAAUUGGAAAUGUUGGCCAUUAGGUUUAUAUAAAGAUCAAUUAAAUUGUUUGAUAUUGAAAACUGACAACCAAUACCCGGGAUUUCCAUUACCAUUACCAAUCGAGUUAGAUAUAAAACUACCAGUAACUAAUGGUAGGUCUAAGGAGAACGAAAUUAAUGGCGGCACAGAUGCAUCAAACAAUGAAGAUGAUGCUCAAGAAACGUUCUUACGUGCAUCUACUAUGGGAAGAAUAGUUAGCGAUUCAUUGAAUGAUGGAGAAAAUGAAGAAUUCAACGACGAAAUUUUAGAAAGAUUACAGAAUUACAGUAUGAUAUUCGAUAAGUCAUUAUUGAAAUUAUUUGCGUCUGCAUGUCAAGAGUCAAGAUUAAACAAGGCAUUAAGUAUUGCAAAAUUAAUCAAGAACGACAAAGCCUUAAUGGCCGCGUCUAAAAUUUCCGAAAGAUUGGAAUUUUUGAAUCUAGCAAGCAAGAUAAGCAAAUUAAGAGAAGACCUAGUCAAUUUGAGUGAAGGUGAAGACGACAAUGAGGACUAA